ACUGCGGUUGGAUUCGCGAAGUUCUCCGCGCGCAGUGAAGCUCUCCUCUUCUCGCACGCUUGUGGAGCUAUGACCCGCGUGCUGUGAGCUCGAGACAUGGACACCGCCGCGCGCCGCAGACUGUCCGCGUGCCUCCUCGUGCUCCAGAUGUUCCAUGGCCAAGCCCAGGAGGACCGUGGAGGGGGCAGGGCCUGCAUACCUGGCUUCCAGGUGAAAAACUACCAGCUGGACUACAGCGGAGCCUUCAGGAAGGACCGGGCCCUGGCCCAACUGGCGUUUGACGACUGCGCGGGGAACGAGGACGUGGCGUUCCUGGUGUCCCACGCGGACUUCGCGGUGGACGAGAACCUGAGGCUGGUAGUCCGGCAGGACGUCCCAUACGGCGGUCCCGUCACCAUGGCGGUCCACGCCGCAGGGUCACGGGCGGAUGACGUCGCCGCGGUGGAGGUCAAAGGUCGACCCCCCCUGUUCACCCCCACCCAGGACGUCCUGCGUCCGCCCCAGGUCCCGGGCUCCAGGGCCAAGAGGUCCCUCCUGGUCCCCCCCAUGAUGGUCACUGAGAACCAGAGGGGCCCCUUCCCAAGAGUCAUCGGCAGGGCUCACGUCAUGUCCCUGGAGCAGCAGGGGAAGCAGACCUUCCACCUGACGGGUCCCGGGGCGGACCAGGACCCCCAGGGUCUGUUCUCCAUCGCCGCAGAGACCGGGGUGGUCUCCGUCAGCCGCUCCCUGGACCGCGAGGCCUCGGACUCAUACCAGCUGGAGGUGUCCACCUCAGACCUGGGGGGGGCCCGGGUGGAGGGGCCGGCCGUGCUGCUGGUGACGGUGAUCGACCAGAAUGACAACAGACCGAUUUUCAGCGACAGGCGCUACAGCGGGGAGGUCCUGGAGGGCUCCCCAACUGGGACGACGGUGAUGACGAUGACGGCGCAUGACGCCGACGACCCGCUGACGGACAACGCGGCGCUGCGCUACAGCAUCGCCCGGCAGUCGCCCGACAAACCGUCGGCCAACAUGUUCUACAUCGACCCGGAGAGGGGCGACAUCGUCACGGUGAUAUCCCCCUCGCUUCUGGACCGAGAGACCCUGCCCACCACCACCUACCAGCUGGAGAUCGUGGCCAAGGAUCUGGCAGGCAGUGAGGUGGGGCUGACGGGCACGGCCACAGCCACCAUCACCAUCACCGACCACAACGACCACGCCCCCGAGUUCACACACCCCCUGUUCGAGGCCCAGCUGGAGGAGGGCUCCGUCGGGGUGGUGGUGAACCUGACGGUGGACGACCGUGACGACCCGGCCACGGGGGGGUGGAGGGCGGUGUACUCCAUCGUCAGCGGAGACCCCCGGCAGAGUUUCAGCAUCAGCACCAACCCGGACAACAACGAGGGGAUGCUGGCCGUCGUCAAGCCUCUAGACUACGAGGCCUCAGCCUUCCACUCCCUGCUGGUGUGGGUGCAGAACGAGGAGCCGCUGCAGGGCGGGGGCCCCUCCGGCUCCAGCUCCACCGCAACCGUGCAGGUGGCCCUGCUGGACGUCAACGAGGGCCCGCGCUUCUCCCCGGACCCCCUGAUGGUCUCACGCAUGGAGGACCUCCCGGUGGGCAGCCUGGUGGCCUCUCUCACCGCCACAGACCCCGACCUCCUGCAGAGGCAGAGCAUCAGGUACGCGGUGCUCAGGGACCCAGCGGGGUGGCUCGCCGUGCACCCGGUCCGGGGGACGGUGAACACCACGACGGCCCUGGACCGAGAGUCGCCCCACGUCAGGAACAACCAGUACACCGCCGUAUUCAUCGCCACCGACAACGGCAGCCCCCCGGCAACAGGGACCGGCUCCCUGGUGGUCCACCUGGGAGACGUCAACGACCAGGCCCCCUCCGUGUUCCCGGCGACGGUGCGCGUGUGUGAGGCGGCCCGGGAGGUGGGGCUGGUGGAGGGCCGGGACCGCGACCUGGACCCCAACGCCGGGCCCUUCAGGAUAGAGCUGGGGGCCGCGGCCGGCCUGCAGGAUACCUGGGAGGUCAGCAGGGUCAACGCCACGCACUCCCAGAUCCUGAUGCUCCAGCCCCUGAAGUCGGCCAACUACCGCGUCCCGCUGCUGAUCACCGACUCCGGGGACCCGGCCCUCUCCAGCAGCACCGAGCUCAGGGUCCAGGUCUGUGUCUGCAGGAAGAGCAGGAUGAUCUGUAGCUCCGCCUCCUCCCUGAGGGCCCGCCUCCUGCUGCUGGCCGCCGCAACCCUGCUGUCCUGGACCGGUCUGUAGAUUCUCCAUCUCUUCUUCUGCCAAGCUGCCCCCCCCCCCCCCACCCCCGCUCCCAGGAACCAGGCUUAAAGGAGCC